AUGUCAAUAGAACACCAUACCUCAAAUCUUCCGAACGAGAUCAUCGAAAUUAUCCUACUACACCUACCGAUUAAGUCUCUUCUUAGGUUUAAAUCAGUUUCCAAAUCAUGGAAUUCCAUUAUCUCCGAUCCUGUUUUCACCCACACCCAUCUUCAAUUCUCGAAUUCUCCGCAUCUCUUUCUAAUCAAGAACAGAUCUUUUCAAGGAGCUUUUUCUUUGCUUAAAUUAGAAGCUAAAAAAUUCCACAGAGAAGCUGUAUUAAGCGGCCCAUAUGGCUGGAAUACAGUGUUAUGCCAUUGCAACGGAGUGCUUCUGUUAACCGAUUCCUAUUUCAAGCCCACGUGCUACGCAUUGUGGAAUCCAUCCACUCGUACGGAGACGUAUUUCACUUUCAGAUACACCUUUUACGAGGAUAUGAAUUACGGGAUCUGUUACGAUCCUGCGAUCCACGAUUUCAAGGUUGUUUUCGCUGCCGGAAAGAAUUACGCUGUUUUUUGUUGCAAGACCGAUACUUGGACUCGUAGGGUAGGGUUCCCGUUCAAAGGGACCCAUUCGGGGGUUUUUGCUGACGGAGCUUAUUAUUGGGUUUGGAGAGACAAAGAGGAUGUUAGACACGUGGUGUAUUUCGAUUCAAGAAUCGACAAGCUCAAGAGAUUGCAGAAGCCUAAACAACUAACCGACGAGGACCAUGUCUCCGUGGCUUGUUUGAAAGAUAGUCUGUGUUUGUACUGCAAUGCUUUAGGGGAUGAGACGAAGGUUCGGUUCUGGAUUAAGGAAAAGGGCAGCAGCUUCAAGAACUGCUGGAACGAGUUCUCGGUUAUUGAGAAUGUGCAGACUUCGAUUUGGUCGUUUAGGCCACUUUGCUUUCUGGAAGACAAGAUUGUGAUUCGAUUGGAAAGUGCAAGAUUUCUAAUAUAUAGCCUUUGUGACAAUACUUUCGAAGAAUUUGUAGACGAUGAGUUGUGUUUCGUUGAUUUGGACCCGUAUAAGAAUAGUCUAUUCUUCACUAAUCUGAAUGCUGUUUCCAGGAGGAGACGAGUUAUUGUUAUAGAUUAA